AUGAGUGUUGCUCCUCCAAUUCUGGAUGGGAGCAACUACCAGAUCUGGCAAAUAAGGAUGCAAGCCUUUUUGGAAGGGGCUGACUUGUGGGAGGCUGUGGAGGUUGACUACGAAGUACCUCCUUUGGGAGACAAUCCAACAGUAACCCAAAUCAAGGCUAACAAGGAACGUGUUAUCAGGAAAGCGAAGGCGAGAUCCAGUCUUUAUGCUGCUGUCACUCCCAUAAUAUUUAACAGAAUCAUGCAUCUAGAUUCUGCUAUGAGUAUUUGGGAGUUCUUGAAGAAGAAGUACGAAGGAAACAAAAGGAUCAAAGCCAUGAAGGCGAUGAAUCUGAAAAGGGAACUUGAAAGGGUGCAGAUGAAGGAUGGUGAAUCAAUUCAAGAGUUUGCAGAUAAGCUACUGGAAACAGCCAACAAAUUGGAUGUGUUAGCAACGAUAGCCUCUCUUGAGAACACCAAAGAGAUCUCGGAGAUAUUAUUUGCUGAAGUUGUGAGUGCUCUUCAAGCACAAGAGCAAAGGAAGAUGUUGAGGACAGGUGAAGCAACUAUUGAAGGUGUUAUGCGAGCCAAGGUGAAGCAUGGUAGUAACUGGAAGAAGAAGGCAGACACCAAAAUGUCCAACACUGAUGCUGCUGGAUCUCAAUCUGGAAAAGGUGGUAACGAAGCCUGCAAACAUUGUGGGAAGACCGGUCACCCGUUCUUCAAGUGUUGGAGGAGGCCAGAUGUUAAAUGCAGAAAAUGUGGAAAGAUGGGCCAUAUUGAGAGGAUAUGCAAGGGGAAUAACUCACCACAAGGAGAGGCACGGGCUGCUGCAGGAGAAGUGGAAAAAUUGUUUGUUGCUUCGUGUCAUGCCACUAGAACUACAAGUGAAUGA